GCUCUCGCGCCGCCUUUCCCGCGCGGUGCACGCCGGGAUAGAUCCGGUUCCGUGAGGGGAGCGCGCGGUGCCUGCUGGGAUACAUCCGGGCUUGCCGCUCCCGCUUCCCUCCGCUGUCUCCGCUCCCAGCUCCUUCUUCGCCCGUGUUUCUGUCCCAGGCCGCGGCCUCCACUCACCGCCCGACAACAUGGCGAUGCAAGCAGCCAAACGAGCCAACAUCCGGCUCCCUCCCGAGGUCAACCGGAUCCUGUACAUCAGGAACCUCCCCUACAAAAUCACGGCCGAGGAGAUGUACGACAUUUUUGGGAAGUACGGGCCCAUCCGGCAGAUCAGAGUUGGAAAUACCCCUGAGACCAGAGGAACAGCCUACGUGGUCUAUGAGGACAUCUUCGAUGCCAAGAACGCCUGUGACCACCUGUCAGGGUUCAACGUGUGCAACAGAUACCUCGUGGUUCUGUACUACAACGCAAACAGGGCAUUCCAAAAGAUGGACACAAAGAAGAAAGAAGAACAGCUUAAGCUUCUCAAGGAAAAAUAUGGAAUUAACACAGACCCACCAAAAUAAACUGAUCUUUUUUGGAAAACUGUUUUCAAGCCCUACCAAGCUCUUGGCCUAAACGUAGGAAUGCUUAACAAAGUGUAGUUUUUUCUCUUAAAAAUUUGAUAACCUGCAAUAUGCAUCUUUAUAUCUUCAGAUUAGGUUUAAAUGAAUGUAGAACACAGAGAUAUGCUUUAGGAUUAUAUUCCCCAAGGUGACAUGGCUUCUCUGUGCUGAGGGUGACCUGCUUCUAGCAGGAGCUUUCAAGGAGGGACCAAGCAGGUUCUGUGUUUGACUGAACAAAGCAAGCCCAAGCCCUUGUUUGUAACAAAGUUUCUUUCACAAACUGUAGAAGAUGAAGGCUUUUAAAAGGAUCCAUCUGAUAAGGGGACUCCAGUCCAACUACCUUGUUCCCCGUGGUGAGGCCAGCGCUGAAGAGCUGCAGUGAACCAAUCCAGCUCUCACAGUACCAAAAAAAAAAAAAGUAUAGGGGCUUUGUUGUGUGUCCCAGGUUCGGACUAAGGAGUUUGUAUGAACUGAAGAACACAUGACCAAGAUGAGAAAGUAGAUUAAGGUUUUCAUUUUGAUACCUGUAGUGGGAUUGUUUUCUACUUGACAUGGUUGAACUGCAAUAUAUUUUCUGUACAUACAUUUUUAGGUGUAGCAUCUGGUGAAGGAAAAACAAAUUUGUUUUUUUAGGUCUUUUCAGUACUCAUGUCCUGUGUAUAAAAAUUGAGUGUGAUCCAGAGUGUGCAUAAUGAGUAUCUUUUGGAAGUGGGAAAGAAUAACCUCUGUCUGUGUUGCGAACCAGCUGGAAGCUGUGUGAAUAUGGGUACUAUCCUGCCUUGGGAGGAUUUAUUUGCAUGGAUGUUGUGUUCUACUCCCUGACCAGACAACUUCCAGCCACUGCAGAACUAGGGCAGAUAAUAUACUUUGCCUAGGAUUUGUAAUUCAGUUUUGUUUUUAAGUGCAUUCUACUGUCAUAGAGAGAUGUUUCCAUUUUCUGAAAUUACUUUUGUGUUGGAAUAUGUCACUUCAGGAACAACACUUUGUGUCCAUUUGGUGAAAAAAUAAAUGUCUGCAUAUUUUGCUUUUUUGCAUCAA